AUGGCGCCUAGCAAUUGGCGAGAGGGGAGGCGAGAGGACGCACCCUCAGAGACGGCCGGGGGCAGCACAUCUUCCCCACUCCGGAGGCAGGACAGAGAUUCCUUCUGCCAUCAGAUGUCUUUCUGCUUGACUGAACUGCACCUGUGGUCUUUGAAGAAUACCUUACACAUUGGGGAUAGAGACAUCGGGAUCUACCAGUAUUAUGACAAGAAAGAGCCACCAGCAACAGAGCAUGGUAACUUAGAAGAAAAGCAGAAGCUGGCAGAAUCACGAGAUUUUCCAUGGACGCUCAAAAACAGACGCCCAGAAAAACUUCGAGACUCACUCAAGGAGUUGGAGGAGCUGAUGCAAAAUAGUCAGUGUGUGCUGAGCAAAUGGAAGAACAAAUAUGUCUGUCAGCUUCUCUUUGGUUCAGGUGUGCUGGUGUCCUUAAGCCUUUCCGGGCCGCAGCUGGAGAAAGUGGUGAUUGACAGAAGCCUGGUGGGGAAGCUCAUCUCAGACACCAUCAGUGAUGCUCUUCUCACAGACAGCUUUAUCAUCUUAUCAUUUUUGGCACAAAACAAACUAUGUUUUAUUCAGUUUACCAAGAAGAUGGGUUCUCCUGAUAUAAACAAAAGACUGGAAAAACUCUCAGCCUUGGAUUAUAAGAUUUCCUAUUAUGAAAUCCCUGGCCCAGUAAACAGGACAACACAGCGUCGUCUAGCUAUCAAUUGUGUUCAAGAUAUAGUUGUUUGCUGGUGGCCACUGGUCAGUGAUGAUGCUUGGCCUUGGGCCCCCAUUUCUUCUGAGAAAGACAGAGCCAAUCUGCUGCUCCUGGGUUAUGCUCAAGGAAGACUGGAGGUUCUGAGUUCUGUACGCACGGAAUGGGAUCCACUGGAUGUUCGCUUUGGCACCAAACAGCCUUAUCAGGUGUUGACAGUGGAGUGCUCCAUCAGUGUAGACAAAGAGCCCAUGGCUGACAGUUGCAUCUAUGAAUGUGUUCGGCACAAAAUCCAGUGUGUAUCAGUCACCAGAAUACCACUAAGAUCGAAGGCCAUUAGCUGUUGCAGGAAUGUUACUGAAGACAAACUGAUUCUGGGCUGUGAAGAUUCUUCAGUAAUUCUUUAUGAAACUCACCGUAGAGUGACUGUCUUAGCUCAGGCUGAAGUUCUGCCUUCAUUAAUAAGCUGCCACCCAAGUGGUGCCAUUCUGCUAGUUGGCAGUAACCAAGGGGAGCUGCAAAUUUUUGAUAUGGCUCUUUCUCCUAUUAACAUCCAGCUUUUGGCUGAAGACCGCUCACCUAGGGAGACUCUACAAUUCAAACAAUUCUUUGAUGUUUCUAGCAGUCUUGUUCAAAUGCAGUGGAUAGCUCCGCAGGUUGUUUCUAAGAAGCCUGAAAGUGGGGACAUCUAUGAUCUCCUCUUCCUCAAGUUUGACAGAGGACCUUUGGGUGUACUUCUGUUUAAACUUGGUAUCUUCACACAAGGACAGCUGGGCCUGGUAGACAUCAUCUUCCAGUACAUUCACUGUGAUGAGAUCUAUGAGGCAAUAAACAUCCUGAAUAGUAUGAACUGGGACACUCUGGGCUACCAGUGCUUUAUCAGCAUGACUGCCAUCGUAAACCAUCUUCUUAGACAAAAGCUCACUCCAGAGAGAGAAGCACAGCUUGAGGCAAGCCUUGGAACCUUCUAUGCUCCAACAAGACCACUCCUGGAUACAACUAUAUUGGAAUACAGAGACCAAAUCAGCAAAUAUGCAAGGAGAUUCUUCCACCACUUACUCAGGUACCAGAGAUUUGAAAAGGCAUUUCUGUUAGCUGUUGACAUUGGUGCUCGUGACCUGUUUAUGUGGUCUGGAGCUGAACCCACAAUAUCUCCAGAGUAUACCUGUAAUCCAUUAUAUAAAAUGAGGCACCCUGACUCCAUACUGAUACAAGACAUCCAUUACCUUGCACUAGAAAAGGGCGAAUUGGCACUAGCUGAAGUGGCAAGAAAGAGAGCUAGUGACAUUGAUGCAGAAUCAAUAACCUCUGGAGUUGCCAAAAGGAGCAAUUGUCGGCUUCUCUCUAACAUCACCACCAGAGAUCCCAGUCUUCCAGUUGGUACUGAAGGACUCAAAACCAUACUACCAGGGUAGCUCUAAAGCUGAAUACCAAAGCUGACAGUUGUUUACCAGAAAGAUGAUUUUGUUCUCCCUCCCGCACCCUGAAAAAGUUCCAAACUGAUCAAACCCAAAAGAUGCGUAGACCACUUUCAAAUCUUCAUUCCUAAUGGAUAAAGGAUAUUCAAUAUUAAUAUAAUAUUAGAUAAGAGUAACUUCAG